AUGCCCAAGCGUAUUGCCAGCCGCCGACACAUGGAAGGGCGCCCAUCAUGCAUCGGGGGCACAAUCUUCAAAUCAUCGGGCAAAGAACAAUCAACGACACCCUGGGCCAAGCCGGAGCCAGAAGCAACCUCGACAUGCCAGUCGUGCCCGGACAAAGUCCAAUAUGAGGCGCAUCUGGCACCACUGGCCCGCGACACAACGGUGGGAACGACGGAGCUCCUGGAACUGAUUUUGCUUCAGCUCGACACUAGGUCGAUACUCAAGGCGCAGCAGGUCUGUCAAAGAUGGCGCCAGACGAUACUCCACUCAGUUCAACUUCAACAGGCCCUGUACACUAAACCGGCAAAGGGCAGCCCAACGAAGCGCACCAUCAACCACCUCAUGGAAGAAACCGUGCUCCCUCAACUACUGCUACGGUCAAGGAACUAUGUGAUACCUGGGAGAUGGCCCAACUUUGAGCCAUGCUUCCGCCCAGAGGCAGGGUGGAGGAAAAUGCUUCCCCAACAGCCCCCCGCAUCCUCAAUCGGGGUGAUUGAAAUCGAACAGCAUGAGAAGUACCGCUUCUCCAAACUUGCCGUCAAGCCUGGAUCACUCAGGAUGGAGCAUAUCCUCGAAGCAGUGGAGAACGGAGUGUUGAUGCCUACCCCGAAUCACAGGGUAUUCUGGACGACCGUUGCCCGAUCUUUGAAUUUUGAGAUCUGGGGUCAGAAUUGGGUCCCAACCGAUGAAUCGUCCGAAGAAGAUACUUCGAUCAUACCUAUCAACUUUGGCGUCGACUGGGACACGCUACGACUGGAUAUCGCUUCUACGUGUCUAGCGCAGGCUGACUGUGACAUCGUCGUUGUUUCCGAGUGGUCACAUCAUCUAUUUCAAAAGAAAAACUGCGGCUGUCAGAAAACGUCGCUGGAUCAUUGGCUUGAAAAUAGCUUUGGCCAGUGUGAUGUGCUCACCGCACGCGAUUGUGUGAAAGGUGCUGCUGUCGUGCAGGAUUUCCACGGCGGUUGA